AUGUAUGGGACUCUUGCCUGCCUCUCCUUCUUCCUGACUUGCUCCUUCGCAAGAAGCGUCGGUAAUGCACACCAACACACUGCUCGUACGACUGCACAGUAUGCUCAGAAGCAGCCGCCGUUGGACACUCCUUGGACGGAGGAUGUCGGCACAAAUCCGUGGCCCGAGUAUCCCCGUCCACAGAUGGCGCGGAGUCAGUGGCAGAAUUUGAACGGUAUAUGGCAGUAUCAGAGUGCUUCCAGCCUGAAUGAUAGCCAAUACCCGCCUUUCGGACAAGAUCUGGCUCAAGAGGUCCUGAUUCCCUCGUGCCUCGAAAGUGGACUCUCUGGAAUCCAGGGAACAAACACGCUAUAUUCUUGGUUCAGGACCAACUUUACAGUUCCAAAUUCUUGGAAUGGAGAGAGCGUUCUCCUGAACUUUGGAGCUGUAGACUAUGAAGCUACUGUUUUCGUCAACGGGAAGCAGGCUGGUUUCAACCGUGGUGGCUAUUUCGAAUUCACCGUCGAUAUCACCCAAUAUGUCGACACUUCGGCAUCUAACGAGAUGUUAGUAUUGGAUACCACAUGUGUCAAACCUCAUACUGACAGCACUAGGCUUGUUUUUGUGCAUGACCCGACCGAUAGCGAUGGCUAUGUCAUCCCCAUCGGCAAGCAGCGAUUAAUCCCGUCGCAUAUCUUCUACACUCCCUGCAGUGGAAUUUGGCAGAGCGUAUGGAUCGAAACUGCUCCGGCAAACUAUGUGACGCAACUUGAUCUUAGCGCCGACAUGCACGGCCAAGUCAAUGCCACCGUACACAGCUUUAUAGGCAAUGGCACAACAGUCAAUAUCUCUGUGAUAGAUGGCGAUGAUGUGGUCGGAUCUGCCAGCGGCUUGUCCGAUCGGCCUCUCUUGUUCAAUGUUUCCGACCCCAAGCUUUGGUCUCCGGACUCGCCCAAUCUGUAUAACGUGACAGUCACCAUGGGGCAAGACAAGAUCUCCAGUUACACUGGUUUCCGCACAAUCUCGAAGGGUACUGUGGAUGGUGUUGUCCGGCCCCUAUUGAACGGAAACUUCAGCUUUAUCUUUGGUACCCUGGAUCAGGGGUACUGGCCAGAUGGACUUUACACUCCACCAAACCGUGAGGCCAUGGUCUAUGACCUGAAGUUCCUUAAAGACAUGGGCUUCAAUAUGGUCCGCAAGCAUAUCAAAGUUGAACCGGCGCUCUGGUACCGUGCAUGUGACGAAAUGGGUCUUCUGGUCAUCCAGGAUAUGCCAUCUCUCCGACCGCUGGAGACCACAGUCGACGCAAACGGCGUUUCUGUAACCAUAUUGCCAGAUGCAGACCAGCAAAAUGAAUUUGGAAGGCAACUGGAGGUUCUUGUUAAUCAGCUCAAGAGCUAUCCUAGCAUCUUUGCCUGGGUGAUUUACAACGAAGGAUGGGGCCAGAUCACCAGCUACUACCCCGAAUUUAACCUGACGUCGAUUGUGAAGCAACUUGACCCCACUAGACUGGUUGAUGCGACAUCUGGCUGGCAUGACCACGGUGCGGGCGACUUUAGCGACAACCACCACUAUGCGAACCCCCAGUGCGGCACUCCGUUCUAUUCUAUCGACUCCAGCCCGUAUGACCCCAACCGGAUUGGCAUCCAAGGAGAGUUUGGUGGACUUGGAAACAACGUUUCAAUCGAGCAUCUUUGGAACAACCAAGAAGCGAUCAACAGCAUCAACCAGACUUAUGAAAUUGAUACGGACGUGGAUGCUUGGAACUACCGCAGUCACCUUCUGCUGUCCGAGCUGCAGGAUCAGGUCCGCUUGUAUGCCUGCAGUGUUGGUGUAUGGACUCAAACUGUCGAUGUUGAGGGUGAGGUGAACGGAUUGAUGACGUACGAUCGGCGCGUCAAGCGAGUGAACGAGACUCAGUGGAAGGACGAUAUCCAGGGUCUCUAUGAUGCGGCGUCCAAGAGGACCAAUUCUUCGUCGACUAAUUGA